AUGAGUGACGUCACAACAUGCCAGCGCCUCGAGGACACCGAGUGGCGCCUGUGCCAGCGCGCCGGCGAGAUCGCGCUGCUCAAGACGCUGCUCAAGGAGGCACAGGUGAGUGACGUCACAACAUGCCAGCGCCUCGAGGACACCGAGUGGAGCCUGUGCCAGCGCGCCGGCGAGAUCGCGCUGCUCAAGAAGGCUCAGGUGAGUGAGGUCACAACAUGCCAGCGCCUCGAGGACACCAAGUGGAGCAUGUGCCAGCGCGCCGGCGAGAUCGCGCUGCUCAAGACGCAGCUUAAGGAGGCUCAGGUGAGUGACGUCUCUACAUCGAUGACUCAACUUAAGGAGGACUCAGGUGAGUGUGAAACUACAGUGGUAAAAAUACCAAACAAGCGCACCGGCGACAUCGCACUGCUCAAGACUCAGCUGAAAAAGGCUCAGAACGAGCAGACAGCCAAAGGUCACGAAUACCUAACACUAAAAGCCGACAGCCGCCAACUAAGAGAAGCGCUCGACAAAAAAGAGAAGGACAUAAUGAGGCUGCGAUCUGAACUGGAGGAGAAAGAGAAGUCAAUGAGCAGACUACAAACAGAAGUCGACAGACUGACGAACGACCUGAUGGAGAGCGUAGCAGACCUGAACAAAGUAAAGGAGAGCAGCAAGAACGAAAUCGAAAGACUAAAAACCGAACUAAAAGAACUAAGGCAAGAGUUAUCUGACGUUUCGCUAAGCGGAUACGAAGGGAUAGAGUGUGGGAGGACAAUGAGAGGGAUUUACGAUGUCUGCAAAACGAACGAAUACCACUGGAGUUCCAGCGAUAGCGCUCUGGAAGACGCAGAAGUACAGAGAUUGAACGGGGAACUUCCCGACACAUGCAGUGAUCCCUGCCCGGCGAGCGCGAUGCUAGAAAGACUCAAAUGCGAAAUGCAAUCGAAGGAAACCCAGUUCAACAACGAGAGGAGAAAGUGGUCCGAGGAGAAGGACAAAGUACUGAGAUACCAGAAGCAGUUACAAAUGAACUAUGUGCAGAUGUUCAAGAGGUCGCGCACUUUGGAAGCCGAAGUGGACGGACUGAGACUCGAACUGGAACUAUGCAAUAAGAACAUGAAGAAUAUAAACCAACACGGGAAGACCAUAGAAUUGUAA